AUGUCGUUCAUGGGUGGCGCUGAAUGCUCGACCUCCGGCAACCCCCUCAGCCAGUUCCAAAAACACGUCCAAGAUGACAAGACCUUGCAAAGAGACAGGCUGGUGCAAAGAGGACCGAAUGCGCUCGCCGGUGGCUUCCGGAGUGCCGGCGCAAACGCUCCGCAGGAUGAGAUGAUGAACGGUUUCCUGAACAACGCCCCCGGCCUUCAACCAGAGAUUCCGAUGCAAAAUGGUGCUGUCCGGAUAGACCCUGCCCAAGGCGUACACCUCCGCGCGAACUCGACAUCCCCGACAUGGGCGAAUGAUUUUCAGAACCAGGCCGCCAUGGAAUCGGCGUUCAACGCUCCUCCAGGAACACAGUUUAGCCCCGAGGAAUUUUCGCGCUUCAGACAAAUGAACCAGCAGCCCUCAUCGGCCCGAGCGAGCCCCAUGCCCAGCCAGAUGUCUCAGCAACCGAGAAUGGGAAUGAACAUGGGAAUGAGCAUGGGUAUGGGAUACAACAGCAUGAUGGGCUCCUCCAUGUAUCAGCCCAUGUACCAACAGCACAUGCAACAACAGCCGAUGCAACAAGAUGCCAAGGGAAAGGGAAAGCUGGUCGAGUUGGAUGACAACAAAUGGGAGGAGCAGUUUGCGCAGAUGGAGCUGCAAGAGAAGGAGGAUCAGGAGGCCAAGGCAGCUGAGCCGGAGCUGGAGGAGAUGGACAAGGCCAUGCAGUCAGAAACCGGUUACGGCGACUUCGAAUCAAUAUGGAAGGGCAUCGAAGCGGAGACAGCAGCGGCGAGAGGCAUGGUCGACGACUCGACAUUUGACAAGUUCGACAGCGAGGACUGGGGUCCUGAUUUCACCGGUAUGAACAGCGACUGGGGACGUCUCGGCGACCCUGUGGUGGAGAACUACCUCUUUGAGGAGGACAACUUUUUCAGUGAGGAGAAGAACGCUUUCGACGAGGGUGUGCGGAUCAUGCGCGAGGGCGGUAACCUGUCUCUCGCCGCACUCGCCUUCGAAGCUGCGGUGCAACAGAACCCAAAUCACACCGAGGCCUGGGUCUACCUCGGCUCGGCACAGGCGCAAAACGAAAAAGAAACCGCGGCGAUUCGUGCCCUCGAACAGGCACUCAAGCAGGACCCCAACAACCUGGCUGCUCUCAUGGGACUGGCUGUCUCCUACACUAACGAGGGAUACGAUAGCACCGCCUACCGCACGCUGGAGAGAUGGCUGUCAGUAAAGUACCCGAACAUCAUCGCCCCGAAGGACCUGCACCCCAUGGCCGAGAUGGGCUUCACCGACCGCCAACAACUGCACGACAAGGUGACUAGCCUGUUCAUCAAGGCUGCCCAGCUCAGCCCGGACGGCGAGCACAUGGACCCCGACGUUCAGGUCGGACUUGGAGUCCUCUUCUACGGCGCCGAGGAGUACGACAAGGCUGUGGAUUGCUUCACCGCGGCACUCCACUCAUCGGAGCUCGGAACCUCGAACCAGCAGGAACAGCUGCAUCUGCUGUGGAACCGUUUGGGCGCCACCCUCGCCAACUCGGGCCGCUCCGAGGAGGCCAUCGCCGCGUACGAGAAGGCGCUUAGCAUCCACCCCAACUUCGUGCGCGCGCGCUACAACCUCGGUGUGAGCUGCAUCAACAUCGGCUGCCACGCCGAGGCCGCCUCCCACUUCCUCGCCGCGCUCAACAUGCACAAGGCCAUCGAGAAGAGCGGGCGCAACAUGGCGUACGAGAUCCUCGGCGGCGGCGACGGUGCUCGCGGCGGCACCAACACCGCCCACCUCGACGAGCAGAUCGACCGCAUGACGGCGCAGAACAGGAGCACCACGCUGUACGACACCCUGAGGAGGGUCUUCACGCAGAUGGGCCGCCGGGACCUGGCCGAGAAGACGGUCGCGGGCGUCGACCCCGAGAUCUUCAGGAGCGAGUUUGACUUUUAG